GCAGAGUAACGCGUGGCGCCGCUGGAGGAGAAGGCGCGUUGUGGACAGGUCGCCGCGUGGGUCUGAGGUGCGGACCCGCGUCGCCUCGGCGCGGGCGUCAUGUCAGACAACGAGGACAAUUUUGAUGGUGACGACUUUGAUGAUGUGGAGGAGGAUGAAGGGCUAGAUGACUUGGAGAAGGCCGAGGAGGAGGGCCAGGAGAACGUUGAGAUCCUCCCCUCUGGAGAGCGACCGCAGGCCAACCAGAAGCGAAUCACCACCCCAUACAUGACCAAGUAUGAGCGAGCCCGCGUGCUGGGCACCCGAGCCCUCCAGAUCGCGAUGUGUGCCCCCGUGAUGGUGGAGCUGGAGGGGGAGACAGAUCCUUUGCUCAUCGCCAUGAAAGAGCUCAAGGCCCGAAAGAUCCCCAUCAUCAUUCGCCGCUACCUGCCAGACGGGAGCUAUGAAGACUGGGGGGUAGACGAGCUCAUCAUCACCGACUGAGCUGGGAUCCUCUUCCUGACUACGCCUCAUCCCCAGUUUCUGUUCUCACAUUCUUCAUGCAUGUAAAUAAACUAGUCAGCCUU